CAUUUUUACGCAGCUCUUCAUACAUCGGUCCGAGAGGCGCAUGGGUCGAUCUUUACGUCCCCUUAUUGCUGCCGUAGUCCUGGAUGCUGCACAGACUGAUACGGGACUGUGUAACGGGUGCAUCCCAUAUUUCAAAUACUGUACGUAACCCGUACGUAACAUCUUUUAGCGCUGCAGCCUGAUUUACGGCUUGGCAGAAGUGCAGCGCGGGGAGCUGUAGGUUCGCGUCAGAAACGGUCCCGGUGAAGACGCUGGUCUAGAUGGAGCGGUGGAAAGGCAGAGUGGCCCUAGUGACCGGAGCCUCGGUGGGGAUUGGAGCGGCUGUAACCCGGGCUCUGGUCCAGCAGGGCAUGAGGGUUGUUGGCUGUGCCAGGAAUGUCGACAAAAUUGAGAAACUGGCAGCUGAAUGUCAGAGUGCAGGCUACAGCGGCACACUGAUCCCUUACAAAUGUGACCUAUCCAAUGAAGAGGAGAUCCUGUCCAUGUUCUCAGCCAUCAAAACGCUUCACAAGGGGGUGGACGUGUGCAUCAACAAUGCUGGGCUGGCUCACAAUGAACCCUUGCUGUCCGGAAAGACAGAGGGCUGGAGGAACAUGAUUGAUGUGAACGUCUUAGCCUUGUCCAUCUGCACCCGCGAGGCCUACAAAUCAAUGAAGGAGAGGUAUGUGGAUGAUGGCCACAUCAUCAAUAUUAACAGCAUGGGCGGGCACCGACUUGUGCCGAGUGCCGAUGAGCAUUUCUACUGUGCCACCAAGUAUGCUGUGACUGCGCUGACUGAGGGGAUACGCCAAGAACUCCGGGAAGAAAAGACUCACAUAAGAGCCACGUGUAUAUCUCCUGGAAUAGUUGAGACUGAGUUCGCUUUCCGACACCACAACAGUGAUCCAGAGAAAGCAGCUGCAGUCUAUGAGAGCAUAAAGUGUUUGAAAGCAGAGGAUGUAGCCAGUGCAGUCACGUUUGUCCUCAGUGCCCCUCCUCAUGUUCAGAUCGGAGAUGUGCAGAUGAGACCGGUGGAACAAGUAUCAUAGCAGUGACGCUGGAAGGCAGCCACCAUGACUCCUUAGCGGCCUCUGCUGGCCAUGUGUGUUAGGAAGGAAGGAGGGGAUGUGUGUGUGUGUGUGUGUGUGUGUGUGUGUGUGUGUGUGUGGGCGGGUUUGGUUCUACUGGAGCUUAGCCAAGAAGAGCUGGAGCCUUAAAGAGGCUGUGCAAGAAAUAACAUGCAUGGACUCUGUAAACCACUACAAAAAAUAAAUUACUACUGAAGCAUCGUGUCAGCUGCUGGUCUCAGUCCUGAACUGAACCGACCUUAAACAAAUUGGGAUGGAGUUGCUGCUGCGCUGUGUGGUCAUCUGCACAGCUGCCACCUCAGAGGGAAUAUGUCAUUGAUUGCACAUUUUGUUUUGUUCCUUUGUUUUGUUUUUGUAGGUCAUAUGACAUAUCUUUUGGAAAUUUAAUUGAAAUAAUAACUGCUGUUUAUAGGAAAACCCUCUUUUUUAAUAAAUAUUCUGACUUGGAAUUACAGAUAUAGUUGUGGUCUUACACAAACUAAUCCUAGACAAUGCUAUGUCAUUCCUACUGUGAGGAACCAGGAACAGUCUGUACAUCCCACUCCAUUAUCAACUCAUCUCACAAACACAUUCAGUUACCCUUGUUUGGAUCUAAUGACGCCUUACAGGUGUUCAGGGUACGUUUAAGGAGACAUGGCUUUGUUUUUUGCCUGUGUAGUAUCUGCUCUGGACUUUGGAUUUCAGAAAAGAAACGUAGCUGUGCACAUCUAUUCUUCUGUUGGAAUUUUCUUAUGUACUAAAUAAACAAAAUAAAUACUCUUCCCUUCA